ACUCGCCACUAGAGCGCAGCAGCAGCGCGCGCCAUCUUGUAACGUUACUAUGAUAGCGUAUUAACCCGCAGUGCUCGGCCGUGCUUUGCUGACAGUCACUAACACCUGGGUGCGCGACGCACUCUCGCGAUAUUCGGCUGGUGCGUGGCGUGUCUGUCAGUCGGUGAACACCACAGCGCACUCAUCACCAGAUGGCUGGCGGGCAAGACCCUAAGUGGCAGAAAGAUGCCGCCGACCAGAACUUCGACUACAUGUUCAAGCUGCUCAUCAUCGGCAACAGUAGCGUGGGCAAGACGUCCUUCCUGUUUCGGUAUGCCGAUGACUCGUUCACAUCGGCCUUCGUCUCGACGGUCGGCAUCGACUUCAAAGUGAAGACGGUGUUCCGCCACGACAAGCGCGUCAAGCUGCAGAUAUGGGACACGGCAGGACAAGAGAGAUAUAGGACGAUCACUACAGCAUACUAUCGAGGUGCCAUGGGCUUCAUACUGAUGUAUGACAUCACCAACGAAGAAUCUUUCAACAGUGUUCAGGACUGGGUGACUCAAAUAAAAACAUAUUCUUGGGACAACGCACAGGUAAUCCUAGUUGGAAAUAAGUGUGACAUGGAAGAUGAAAGAGUAAUCAGUUUUGAAAGAGGAAAGCAACUUGCAGAACAACUGGGAAUUGAAUUUUUUGAAACAUCAGCUAAGGAGAACAUUAAUGUGAAAGCUGUUUUCGAACGGUUAGUAGACAUAAUCUGUGACAAGAUGUCAGAGAGCCUGGACUCGGAUCCAAAUCUCAUGAAUGCUGGCUCUAAAGGAACACGUCUGACAGAACAACCUGCUGGCCCACAAAAUGGAAGCUGCAAUUGCUAACUGCUUCUGGAACUGUAAAUUAAUCAAAAUAAGCAGCCACAAUGUAAUGGGAAAUAAAUUUAAUAUGGAAUUAAAUAUACCUGAAUAAGGAUGUUAACAUUUAAAACAGAAUUGUACAGUAAAUAUGUUAUGUGAUUAAAAAUAUUUCUUAAUAGUGAUAAGUGCCAGUGUGUAUUUAUCCAGGUGUCUAAAUAAUGAGAACUAACCAAACUUAGGAAUUACACGAAUACAAUAACAGAAAGGUAAUUAAGGUGACUGCAUUCUAUGAUACUUAAAUAAACAAUAGCGUAAGAAAAUGUUUGUGUGUAAGAAUAUAUACAUUCUGAAUCAUUGAAAUCGAAAUAUGUGUUUUCUGUUUUUAUUGCUUUGUAAUAGUAGUUACUGUCCAUUAUCUCUGGCUUCUAGGUUUCUUGUUGUUCUGUAUUUUCUAAUGUCAAACAUGUUACCUCAGCCAGUUGUAAGUAUGAUAGCUAACUCUGUUUCAAAUGAGGAAUAAACUGUGAAUAAUAUUCAUGGAGAGAUGUCAAUUUCUUGGGAAACAUUUUGUGGGUAUAAAAUAUAAUUUUUAUAAUUAAUGAUCAUUGUUCAAGAAUGUUUAUGACAGAAAUAAGAUAAAAGCUUCAUAGAUCAAAUACACACUUCUUGAAGAACUGAAAUUCUUUUCACUGAAAGUCCUUCUGUAUUUCUACCUGUCUGUAUCUAGUGAUCAAUGCAAAUGUGUAGAGAAACAAAUUAAAUGUUCGUAUUAUGGCCUUAAGUAGAACUGUCAAACAGUUAGUAGCUUCACCUCCCAGUAUAAUAACAAUGUAUUCAAAGUAUUAUUACUGGAUAUUUCAGCAAAGAGCUUCAUUUGUUUCCAUGCAAUUGUUUGAAGUAGUAUAUGGCAUGUAAAGCAUUUUGUGUGCUCACUGUGUGUGUAUUUUUCUGAUCUAUGUGGCUUGGACUGUUGUGUUAUAUUAAGUAUUCAGUUGUCACAAAUGUGGUAUAUUUAGAGCUUCAAUAUGUUUAGCAUUUUUGAUGAUAUUUUCCAGUUACAUAAAUAUUUGAAAAACAUUCAAAGUACCAUUACUUUUUAAAUCACAACAUUUGUGUUCAUCAGAUUUUUUUAGUACCAAUGUUCUUUGGCUUUAUACUUUUGUUUCAGAACCUUUCAUUUUCUAUUUUAUCUCUGGUUUGUUGACGCAUGUCUGUAAAAGAUUUUAUUUUUUAUAAUUGGUUCUCAAGACCAUCAAUUGAGUACUAUUAUUAAUGCAUAUAGCUAUUAACACCUGAUGUCAUUGUGUGGCACAUCAUUGACUAUAAAACUGAUUGUAUGUUUAAUACAUGAGGGGUAGCAAAUCUAUAUUUUUAGACUUUAUUCAUGUAUGUCCUGAAAUGUAGGCCUACAGACAAAAGACUUUCUUUGUGUUCAGUGUCAAGGAAAAAAGUGUUAUUAGUUCUUCUGGACUAUAACAUGGGUAACAAGCCACUACAAAGAACUGCAGCCAUUAAAAAACCAAGUACACAAUUUUUAUGUUAUUUUCAUUGCUGAAUUGUGAAAUAAAAUAUAACCUUCCACAAAUGCAACCAGUGUACAGUUAGAAAUUCAUUAUUAAAUAUUGUUAUAAAUGA